UUUGAACUCUCGGAGUGCCUAGUGUGUGUUGGCACUUCUAGUGGGUAGGUUGGCCCAGGAGGCGUGCGAGGACAGUGCAUGCCUGGAGACGAAGCCAAGGAAGGAGUACAGUGCCACCCCGCCGUGGCCCUCGUGCACGUCUUCGGUAGUGACGCCGAAGACUGUCGCACCUGCAUAGACAUUCUCAUUCGUGUGGACUCUGAUACCCACCAGUGAGUCCGCCGCUGCCGCCGCCCCUCGACACUCGCCGCCCAUGAGCGAGUGAAAACACCCACCACCACCACCAUCUACACCACCUCCGCCAGCACCUCCACCUUCACCACCACCACUCGCAUGCAGUAGGGCUCCGCUGUCUCCUCGACCAACACCGCCUGCCCCGCACCGCACUCACUCGCUGGCCGUCCCCCCCGGAGCCACCAUUACCAACGAGGACAGCAGCCCGCCGCCCGCCAUGGAGGGAGACGAGAAGAACAAGGCGAAGGCAGUCGGGGGAGGAGGUGGCGGCGAGGGCGGAGGGCUGGAAAUGACCCAGUAUGGACUCAACGGCACUUCGCUCCCGCAGACCCCCAAUGACGCCGCCGUGCAACCCAAGGGCCUGGACGACGAGACGGCCCUGCGUGGCACCUGGUCCAACCACAUGGACUUCAUCCUCUCCCUCGUCGGUAACGCCAUUGGUAUCGGCAACGUGUGGCGCUUCCCCUACCUCUGCUACAAGAAUGGAGGCGGCGCCUUCCUCAUCCCGUACCUGCUGACGGUGUUAUGCUGCGGCGUUCCCACCUUCCUACUGGAGGUGUCCAUGGGGCAGUUCUUGGGCACCGGAGGACUCACCGUCUGGAGGAUCAGCCCCAUCUUCAAGGGUGUGGGCUACGGCGCCGCUGUCAUGUCCGUCUGGCUCAACAUCUACUACAUCAUCGUUCUCUGCUGGGGCCUCUUCUACUUCUUCAUGUCCCUAACUUCAGAGCUGCCGUGGGGCUCGUGCGGCAACUGGUGGAACACGGAGACCUGCGUCAAUCCCUACACCCGCAACAACCUCGAGUGCUACAACGAGAGCUACAACGCAACGGCCAGCGAGACCUUCUGCAAGGUCGGCAACCUGACCCACGUCGCCGUCUCGAACCUCACCGACCCCGUCAAGGAGUUCUGGGAACGACGAGCCCUGCAGAUUUCCGACGGCAUUGACCACCCCGGCUCCAUCCGCUGGGAGCUGGCCCUCACCCUGCUGCUGGUCUGGAUCAUGUGCUACUUCUGCAUCUGGAAGGGAGUGAAGUGGACCGGCAAGGUGGUGUACUUCACGGCGCUCUUCCCCUACAUCCUCAUGUUCAUCCUCUUCAUUCGUGGCGUGACGCUGCCCGGCGCCAUGACAGGCAUCCGUUACUACCUUAUACCUGACAUGGAGAAGCUCAAGGACAUCACGGUGUGGGUGGAGGCGGUGUCACAGGUGUUCUGGUCCUACGCCCUCGUGCUGGGCUCCCUCAUCGCCUUGGGCUCGUACAACAGGUUCAAUAACAACUGCUAUCGCGACUCCCUCAUCCUGUGUACCAUCAACUCGUGCACGUCCUUCUUCGCCGGGUUUGUCAUCUUCUCGGUGGUGGGCUUCAUGGCGGAGCAGCAGAAGAAGGAAGUCGCUGAUGUGGCUGCCUCAGGACCCGGCCUCGCUUUCCUCGCUUACCCUUCGGCGGUGCUGCAGCUGCCUGUGUCGCCUCUGUGGUCCUCCCUUUUCUUCCUCAUGUUCCUCAUGCUGGGACUCGACUCUCAGUUCUGCACCAUCGAGGGCUUCAUCACUGCCGUGUCCGACGAGUGGCCCAAAUACCUCCGCAAGUACAAGGAACUCUUCAUCGCCAUCGUCUGCGUCCUCUCCUACCUGGUCGGCUUGUCCUGCGUCACUGAGGGUGGAAUGUACGUCUUCCAAGUGCUGGACUCCUACGCCGCCUCGGGAAUGUGCCUCAUCUUCCUCAUCAUGUUCGAGUGCAUCGCCAUCGGGUGGGGCUACGGCGGUGACAAAUGGUACGAUAACGUCAAGGAAAUGAUCGGCUACUACCCAAUGUUCUGGUGGAAACUCUGCUGGAUGUUCAUCACCCCCGCCGUCUGCUUCGCAGUGUUCAUGUUCAACGUUGUGAUGUGGUCGCCCCCCAAGUACGUGGACUACGAAUUCCCGGGCUGGACCCACUUCGUCGGCUGGCUGAUGGCUCUCUCCUCCAUGCUGUGCAUCCCCGUCUACGCCAUCUACAAGUUCAUCAGCACGCCGCACCCCGGGACGUGGCGGGAGAGGAUAUGGGCAAUUACACGACCGGAAAUUGACAUCAACGCCCUGAAGAACAAGUACGGGCAGAGGGAGAGUGCCACAGCUGUUUAGAAAUGCCGUCAGGACACCACCACCGCCACCAUCGACGCCCACUUCUGCAGCGUGUGCGUCUACCCGGCAGGGACUGCUCUCUUUUAGGUACAGUUUGCAGAGUGUACAGCAACGCGGACACCAUCAGACAGACAGCCGACCAAAGAAGACCUGCAAGGGUGUGGCCUCAAGCUUCGUGCAGUGCGUGGUGUCAGGUCAAGGGCACUCGAUGGUUGGUCACACGGCCGCCAAGCAGCUUCGUGGCGCGGGUUUCGGGAAGCAGCAAGGACUGGGUGGUCACAGCGACGUAGCGCCACCCAUUUGUUCGCAAAGGCUUUAGUUUAAUUCCUUGUUGAUAGAUGACAAAAUACCCUAUAUUUAUAGACCUAAAGUAUGAACAGUUUCGCUUCGUUUUGAAUUUCCAUGCUGCAAAGUGAAGGUCAGGUGUUGUAGCCCGUGGCGUUGGAUGUUCCUUCAGCCUGUAUUAGAACCCACGACAACUUUGAGUUCACCCCCUCGGCGCUACAGGAGGACUUUGUCAGAAAUCAAUUCUUUCCCAUCAGUGUUUCAGACCAUUACUUGGCUCAGCACGUCUCCACGACAUACUGCUGCUUCCCUCACCUGACUUUGGACUCAGGCGACCCUAAUUCAUAGCUGUGUCUUAUAAGUUCAGCGGCCAGCGGAUGCCCGAAGCCGGCCAGCGUUGCUGAGCCACUGGGCCGCGCGGCGCACGGCUGCCGGAACUUUACCUCACAACCACAUGGAGACAGUAUUUCCGCACUUCUUGUUUACUUGGUAUUGAUACUUGUUGUACAGUUUGAAUGUUUGUAGUUGGACUAUAUAAAUGGUGUUCUGGCCAGAUGAUUUGUUCGUGGUAUUUAAACAGAUGAAACACUUUAAGAGUAUUAUAAUCAUUAGCCUUGCCUUAUCGCCUUCUCCCUUUCAACAGAGAAAUACUUUUUAUGCUCACGAGGCAAGGCAUAUAGAGUAACACAUAUUUUGAAUUUUGAAAGGUUUAACUAACUUAUAUAGUACUACAAAAUAUAUGUCGUUGAGUAUUAAUGACAAAUGAAGGCAUUGCAGGGUGUAGCCCCGUUAUUUAUUAAGCAGUCAGUCAGUCGUAGGUAGUGUUGGGCAGCGCCGGGCCCAGCCUCCGCGCGCUCUACAGUUACUGAGUAGCAACAGACGCACCUGUGUCGACGCUCAGCAGCCUGCAGGACGGCACGCCUUUAGAACUAUUAAACUUAAGCACGGUUCACGUCCACUUUUAUAAGUGCUUGAAUCAUGAAAAAAUGAAACAUCCGAUGGACGCAUCCUAAUAAUUACUGCCAAUCAUUGUGACGGCAGCAGCGGCGGUGCCAGCCUGGGGCUGCUGAGGCGGACUCCCACAGUGCCUCUAGCAAGACUAUCUUGCAAAGGGCUUCCAGAAGGUCUUCCAGUUUUCAGGAUAUUUGUGCAUAUCAAAAUGAUACUAGAUGAUAAUGUUAGGCUUUUGGACAUAUCUUGUAAAACAUUAUAUUGUUGGAUAGGGUAGGUGUUGUUGUCUCGGGACCAAGGCAGUGCUUGCCCUCUGGGUCUUCCAGCCUGUAAACACGUCAUGACUGGUAGUGGUCCGUAGACGCCCCUACACUUAGCCUCUUCAGUAUAUCGUGACCUUGUUGUCAAGUCGCUACCGUUCAUAAGUUAGCUUUGUCUCCCGUGUUGCUGGCCCCGUCUUCACAUAGGUCACAGUAGAAUGUAUGCGAGCAAUAACACCACAUAAUGUUUCAGUGAUUCCUCGUACUAUGCGUUGUACUAUCUGUACUUCUCCGUUCAUGGUCCUAGAAUACUCCUCUCAACACCCUGAAGUCGGUUGAUGUGUUCUUGCUGAAUCUAUAGUUUGUUUAGGCCAUGCUGGUGACGCUUCUGUCCUCGUCCUCUGUCUUACCUUCGUAUAUGAUAAUAGGUGUUUGGGUUUUAGCCAAUGAGAAUCCAUCAUCCGUGAAACUGGAUCAGAACUGCCAACAAGGUGACGGUACUCUUGGAGCCUUGCGUGCCGCACCGUUCAACCAUCCCUCCAGCCAACCCAGCGCACGAGUAGGAGUGUGACACGCCUCGCUCUGGCUCCUCACUUUUCUCAGAUGCCCUUUUCUGAUUGGCUGAAACUUUUGUUUUUUGUAAAUUACGCGCACUAACAAAUGUGAAUUAUGUAGUGAAGGUAUGUAUUGCCAGUCUGUUGGUUUGUGUACAUGUUAUGUGUUAAGACAAUGUUUUGCACCGACUCGUUAAAAAAUACUCAGUAUCUAAUAUAUUGUAAGAAUCUAGUAUGUAAGAACACUUCUAUCUUCAUGAUCGCGUGAAACUUUACUAUAAAACUUUGGUGUUAGGUUAUGCAUGUCUGGAGGAAUCCUGACUACUCUUGUAAGAAGAUCUGGUUGUUUCAGCUUCGUUGUUUUCCCUUCACACACGCAGGCAACAUCAGAGCGAGUACAAAGAGACGAUCCCACAGCCCCGUGCGGGAGGUGGCGCCGCUAGCGACCGCCACCCCUGCCUUGUUACAUAUCACGCAGGUAACCUUGUCCUCCUCGAGUUGACCAGUGUUUAGAUACUAACUAACCUUGGACUGAACGUAGGGGUUUGUAGGGGUUUUCCACAUUUGGGACUGUUAAAGUCAUAGGGAGUUUUGAGGGAGGUUUCCCAGCCCCGGCCAGCUACGUGCGUCCGCCGAGCUGAUCCGAACGUGGGUCUCCUUUCACCUUUUUGUACAGCUGGUCUGGCUGGUCUAACACGUAGUAGCAAACUUAUAAUAAAACUUGUUGAUUUGCAUUGUAAUGUGGCUUUAAUUAGAAGUUGGUAUAUGUACAUAUGCUUGUGUGUAUGCAGGCGAUAGUAGAGGAACAAACACUUUAGAAUAUCUUCUCACAACUUACAAACACGCACACCAACACGUCAAGCAAACAAAGCUUAUGUAUCUCACACCUUUCGGUAUUCCUAAAAAUUGUAACGCUACACACCACGUAACUCUACCCAUAUCCUCUGUGACUUUACUCUAUCUGUUUAAGACCAUGAAGAUGUAAAACUUAAUUUUUGAAAUAAAAUAAAAAAAGGAAAUCA